AUGGCAUCGGAAAUGUUCAACUUCACCGCCAGGCUGGAGCGGCUCGCGAUCCUCUGGGAGCUGAACUUUGACGAUGAAGAGGGUUUACAGCUGAUCCGCUCGGCACUCGGGGCGGGGGAGGGAGGUGCCAACAGCUCCCUCCUGCUCUCGAGCUUCGCCUCCGAGGCCGCCAUUGUGAUCUCGCUGAAGCCAACGUCCAUCGCUGCCCAUGUCCUACUGGGCAAGCUCCAGCUGGAGGUUAGCUGA